UUUUGUGUUUGUUACUCUAUUAUAACAUCUCUUAUCUUACGCACGUAUAUGACCUUCUUUUUGUAAGGAAAGACCAUAGCUUGGCCCGAUCAUGAUUAGUCAUCCUCCAGCGUUCCGAUCCAUAUAGGAGGGUGGAUAGUACACAGCUGUUAUACAGCUUUAACUUGGUCUGUCUGUAUACUGAACUGUCCUGACUUCCAGAUGUUGAUCAUGCUUCUGUAUAUAGAUCUUGCUUUGAUGAGUUAAACACUUACUAAAACAAAAUAAGAUUUUAAAGGUAAAAGAUAAAUCGAAAGCACAGUCAGUUCACGGGGGAAGUACAUGUACUGAGUAGGGUAUUGCAAAUGUCUCCUUUCUCUUUUUUAUGCUUUUUUUUGUGUUGUGUAGAGAUGCUAUGCUAAUACGUUUCACUUGACUAUAUGAAUAUAUAGAAGUAGGAUGUAUGCUGACAUAGUUGUGGGACAUAAACAUUUUUUUGCUUUCUGUUUGUUUGUUUUUUGCUACAGGGAAAACAGGGAUUUCAAAGGGCACCCAGUCACGGCCGGAAAAAAGAUGAUGAGAUCCUUCCUAGACGGAGAUCGAUGCGUAUGGCAAGCAAAGCUAGUGGCCAGAAUGUCCGAAGCCACACGACACAGGAAAGUGCACAGGCUUCAGGUGGUGACGAUACUCUCGGAGAAUCAGAUAGUGUGGGGCGAACAUCUUUUCAAGAUACAGUUUCCUCCAGCAAGAGUCGCAAAAAAGGCCAAAAACAGACCUCUCAGAAAACAACAAAUGGAGGACGCCGGUCUUCCCUGGCCUCAGCUCGCAAAAGAAAGAAAAGCUGUCGUAGCUCAGACUCUGAGACGCCCGCAAAACGUCAACGAAAGUCAAAAUGGAACCAAACUGUAGAGUCUGCCUCCAGCGGCACGUCCAGUAAAGACCAUCAUUCUCAUUCCUGUCGAAGAAAAAAUCAACGUUCAAGUCCAAAUUCUUCAUCUUGCUCUACUCAUUUAUCCAAAAGUCUCUUAAAGGCUGUGGAGGCUGGACGAUCAACUAAAGUGGCUGAAAUCUUGAAAAGUCACGGCAAGUGUCUAUUUUUUGUCUUGGAUGUUGCCCUGCUUAAAGCUGUGUCUCAGGGCCACCUGUUUAUGGUGCAAAAUCUGAUAUAUCAUGGAGCUUCUCUUUUUACAGAAAAGUUUGGAAAGACUUGCUUUCACUUUGCAGCGGAAAAAGGGCAUGUUGAUGUCAUGGAAUUUCUUCUUGAAAAAAGUGAGGGUAGACAUUUUGUCAUGAAUUAUACAUUUGAUCGUGGUGGCAACACGCCACUGAUUCUUUGUCAGGGCACAUCGAGUGCAGCUCACAUCACCAAGGUUCUGUUGUCACACAGAGCAGCAAUCAAUGUUCAGAACAGCAAAGGAGAAACAGCUUUAAUGAAAGCCGUGCAGAGUCAGAACAUGAGCGCUGUGCUUCAGUUGGUAAAGGCUGGGGCCAAUGUGGAUCUGAAAGACAAAAAAGGGAAUACUGCCAGAUCAUUAGCCACUGCCAUGGGUAUGGAUGGGUUGUUGGAGGUACUGGCCAAGGACACCAGUGGUCAAGGAUUGACCCCAAUAAUGAAAGCCGCAGUAGCCCAGAAUACUGAUCUUUUAGCAUUGUUACUUAUGUCAAAACAGUUUGACCUGGAUGAAAAUGGUGUCAAAGCAGAUGAAAGAGAUGAUGAAACAGAUGAAAGAGAUGACGAUGGUUACCGGGAUUACCCUGACACUGCCCUCACAAUGAUCUUUAAUUCAAAACUGGAGAAGAGAAUGGAUUUAUUUUCCUACUCCUUUGACUUGAAAACCUGUUUACAUAGUUUUGAACAGUUAACUGUCAAAGAGCUGGAUGUUAUAGCUAUGCUUGUGAAAGCUGGAGCAAAUAUCCAUAUUGGGGGUAAGUAUGGCUAUCGCAAUAGUCCUUUUCUAAUGGCUGUGGAACUUGGAGAUGGGCAGCUCCUUGACCUUUUGCUGAAAAAUGAAAAAGGGAUUGGAAAUGGUAACUCGUAUGCCAGAGCUUUAGAAAUUGCUGCUAGGAAUGGUCGUUGUGAUCUCAUAGAUGCUCUCACCCCUAGUAUGGAGUUGCUGGAGCAUCAUUUUGGUCUGAGAAAACAGCAAUGGGAUCGCAGUUUUCAGCAUGCUUUGAAUGAUGCAUUGAAGGUUGCUAACGAAGAGUGUGUUGGCAAACUCUUGAAGAUCAUCAAGGACAUCGAUUUCAAUGAGACUAUGACUGCCGCAGCUGAGUCAGGGCGUUAUCCUGUGUUUUUGAUGGUGCGGAAUGCCUACCCAGAAAAAUUUGAACAAUUAGUAUCUCGUGAUGAAGGGACAAAGUGGUUGUGUGCCGCUUGCACCAGCAACAGUUUAGCCAUUGUAGAAAGUCUUCUCAACUCUGGUGCUAAAACCACAGGCAACAGUGACUUGUAUGACGUGCCGUUGAAGUGCUCCAAGUCUGCAGACAUUACGGAAAUGCUCAUACUUAAUGGUGCCGAUGUUAACAAGCAUCAUCCUUCCUUUGUCUAUGGUCACGUUACUAACACAGCUUUGGAGCAGGCUGUGUUGUCAAAUCUCACAGAAGUUGUCAAAGUUUUGAUGAAGCAUGGUGCCACUUUACACAUCACGACACUCAAUCUUGCUCUCUCACGGAGCCAGUGUUUAGGUGAAGUGCGAAAAUUGCUUCUUAGUUAUGACAUUGAUCUCAAUCAGCCUGGUUUGGGUGGUCGGUCACCACUGUCAGUAUCGGCUUUUCAUGGGGAUUCGGAGUCAGUUGAUACGCUAAUCAAAAAAGGUGCCGAUGUGAAUUUUAAGGAUCAUCGUUGUCCAUUUCCUGCUCUUAUUUCUGCGAUUGAGGGAAAAAAUGUUGAGAUAACUCGUUAUUUGCUUGAUCACGGUGCUGAUGUUAACAUUUCUAAUUUGGAUGGUGAAACUGCGCUUACCAUGGCCGCCAGAACUGAUAAUGGGACCAUUGUUCCUUUGCUCAUUGAAAAAGGGGUGUGGCUUGAUGUCUCAAAUUCAUGCAAUAACAGCACAGCCUUGAUGGUAGCUGCAAAGUACAAAAACUUUUCUACUUUUCGUUGUUUAGUGGAAGCUGGUGUUGACUUGGACGUUAGACGCAACGGUAAAACUUUUUUAACCAGACUUCUCCUGAAGAGAUCCUAUUCUGCAUUGGCAAGGUUUAUUGUGUGUCUUGUCAAGCGUGGAGCAAAAGUUACAUCAGGUGAUGCAAUGUUGGCAGUCCACAACUGCAUUGCCCUCGGCAAUUUUCAUGUUUUGUCAGCCCUGAUACACUAUGGUGGUUUUAAUCCUACUCUGUUUCAGGACAUCCAUGUUGAAGAGACUCCGCCUUUCUGUAGGGCAAAUCCCAUUCAUAUAGCAGCCUUUGCCAGCGUCUUCUCUCCCCUUUGUAUGGCAUUAGUGUGUGGUCAUGUAACAGUGGCUCGGGACAUGCUGAGGGCCUUCUAUUUGACAACCUCAGACUUGACUCUCUUGCCUAGACAUACAAAAGUCAGAGAGUUUCUUAACAGAAGAAGGUUUAUCGAGAGUUUAGCGGUUCUAGAUGAGAUGUCGGUCUCCGUGCCAUCUCUUCAGCAGCUUUGUUUUGUCCGUGUCUCUGACAUGUGUGGGUCUCAGCCUGGUCGGAAGGAAACAGUGAGGCAGCUUGGGCUUCCAGGUCGUAUAGAGAGGUCACUUUUGUUUUCUUGUAGCGAUCAGUUGGUCGGGGGGGAGCGCUGCAUGGCAGAGAAUUCAUCAGAGACAACACCUGCUGAGGUUAAUGAGACAAGGGAUCGUUAUAUAUGCCAGCCCCUCAUGCACAGUAGAAUAUGGCGAUAGCGGGGCUUUUACUACUUUUAGUUACAAAAGAAAAUCCUGCUGUAGGCAAGUUCCCGCAAUAGGAAUAUAAAGGGGAAUUACCGAAAAAUAGCUGACAUUAUGGCAUCUUUGUCUCUCAAAAAUGUAUUAAGUGUUCCAGAUGAAAUGUCGCAGUCCCUUCUAAUUUGCACUUUAGUCUUCCUUUUUCUUGUCAGCUUCGUUGGUUAUCUCGCCCUUUCAUUUGAUUGAGAAGCAUUUCCUUUCGUCUUUGUUAGAGGCCAUCUUUACUUCGGUCUUGCUGCUUGUGCUGUCUGUCGUACCGGUAGGCAUACUGGUGAAGUGGAUACGUUUGUAUUCAGGAGGAAUAACACACAACACGCUUUCCUCUUCUUUUACUUUUUGGGUGGGUGGUUGGCAGAUGCUCUGGUGUGAUUUGCUUCUUCU